UCCAGCUCGACGGUGUGUUAAUGUUAAUGAGCUCUCCUUCUCCUCCGAGGAGUUUCUUCUGUGUCUGACAACUGCGGCGUUUUCCAAACUUCAGGGAACAAGAACUUUAAAAACUGGAAACUUCUCCACCUUAUUUGCUUCACACACGGAGGGAAACUCCUGAAAGGAUGCACUUACUGAAACUUCUCUGCUCUAAUGUCAUUGUGUUGAUUCAGCACUGCAUUGGAAAAGCUCUUGCCCUUAAUGUGGAAAUCAAAAGUUUAUGGGGAAAUGAGGAAGUUUAUUAUGAGUAUCAUCCAGCCAGGCUACGUUGGCAUGCAGUCAAUGAGUUGUGUAUUCAGCGGUCAGGAUCCCUGGCAGUCGUACGCAGUGCUGCAGAGAAACAAAACCUGACCGAUUUUCUACAGUCCUUGAACAUUUCAGAGCCGGUGUGGAUUGCAAGAAGAGCUCCUGAAAUAAAUGGUACCUUAAUCCUGAAAUUCCUGGACAGACGCAAACUUCAAUCCGCUCGUUUGUUGCACAAGUUCUCAAACAUGGCUGCUGUGACUGUUUGCGCUCGCCUUCAUUUUAGUCCUACUUGCCAUGGGCCUUCCACUGUGCUUUCUUAUUCCAUACGCUCCUUCAUUAACGAGUUCCAGCUCCGAGCCAGAGUCAUGCCAAACCAACCCGUUCAGCUUGCUCUGUUGGUGCACGGUAAACAUGGCCCCUACCUAUCAGCCUUCGCCAACGAUGCCUCCUGGCAUUCUGUGUGUGUGAGCUGGACUGGAAAUGGUGGCAAGUGGGCAAUCUCAGUGGAUGGGCAGGAAGUUAGACGUGGUAUUUCCCUCUACUCAUCAGGCUACAUUGGGGGCGGCGGCAUUUUCAUCAUAGGCCAAGAACAAUACGCGUUUGGCAGCUCCUCCAAAAGUGACGAGGCCUUCUGUGGCAGCAUUACCCAGCUGCACAUGUGGGAUCAGGUGCUGGAUGCCAGUGAAAUCCGAACCAUGGAAAAAGAGUGUUCAGUCAUUCCUUCUGGCCUGCUUUUUAGAUGGGGCAGAUCUCGGUUGGAAAUGACACCUUCUCUGCAGACUCAAUGGGGAUACAUCCAGUGUCAAGAACAUUCCCAGAUGCCAAAAAAUGAGAACUGCAUAACAUUUCACCCUGGCAGUGGAGACUGGUCAUGGGUCAACUGUGAUACACAAAGGGGAGGUGUAUGUCAAUUUCAUAAAGAGCUCUUGGGUGACAUUGGCACAUCCAAAUUUCCCAAUACCCCAUUUUUUACACAAAUCAGCAGAGAUCUUCAUGCCAACCCUGAGUUGGAAGACCAUAAUUCAUCUUCAUCCACAGAGCACGAAUUGAAUUGGCUGAGUUCUCUUGCUCAAUCUGUUCUGAAGGCAAUUGAGACUGAUCCAGACAUCAUCACACCAUCUGACAUGCUGCACCUCACUCAAACCAUUGAGCAGGCUGCAGCUUCUCAAGUUAAUAAAACAUCUGUCCCUUCUGGAGUCCUUAGGUCCAUGGCUUCCAGCUACCUGAUCCUUGCCAGUGGACUCAUUGAUCCUGUCUUGGCCAGGCAAUGGUUGGAUAUGAAGCCAUUGGGUAUCAACCUUAGACCAUUUAUGGUUAUCGAGAGUAUUGAAAAAAUACUUUGGGCUCUGGCUGAUAAAAUCUUCGCAGACAUGAAAAGCUUUGCACUUUUAACCAAAAACAUAGAUGUUCUUAUGGAGCCACGAGAAUUAUCUCGUGCUAACUGCAGUAAUGUGUAUAAACCCUCAACACAUGUUAAUCACUCCAGGAGCCAAGAGGAAAUCCUCAUUUCAGAGACAGAGGUCCAGAGACUUUACUCCCUAGGUCACAAGAAUGUGAUGUUCAUUCAUACUUACUACGGCCACAUGAUGGAGGUGCUGUCCAGAACUGAAUCAGAAGCAUUUACAAACAAGUACACAGAGAGUGGAGAAUCUGUGACAGGUCACAUGGCGACAGCAGUCAUAUCAGCCACAGUGCGAGAUGUGUCGAGGGAAGAGAAUAUUCCAGUGUCUGUGCAGUAUACUUUGUCUACUGUAAAAGUGGUGGAGUCUUCCAAGCUGGUCACACCUUUGUGUAUUUUCUGGAAUGUCAGUUCAGUAGCUCCCAGUGUGAGCGAUUGGUCAGACAAAGGCUGUAGAGUGUUGUACUCCGGACCAAAUCUCACGUCCUGCUUUUGCAACCACACCACCAACUUUGCUAUCCUCAUGAAUUACAUGGAGCCUAGGUGGAGUGAAGAGGAGGCGAUGGUUCUGAGCAAGCUGACAUUUAUAGGAUCAGGAGCAUCACUCUGUGCUCUCGUGGUGACCUUGAUGCUGCUUACCGUGCUAGAUAUUCCAAAAUCAGAGAGGACAUCCAUCCACAAGAAUCUGUUCAUCUCUCUGGCCUUUGCCCAAAUAGUCCUUCUCUGCAGUGGCUCUGCCGUUCAUAAUAAGGUGGCCUGCACAAUGGUAGCAGCUCUGCUCCAUCUGUUCUUCAUGGCAGCGUUUAGCUGGAUGUUGGUGGAGGGGUUGCUGCUCUGGAGCAAGGUGGUGACUGUUAACAUGAGCGAGGAUCGCCACAUGAAAUACUACUACCUGAUUGGCUGGGGUCUUCCUGUCCUGAUAGUCUCCAUUACUCUGGCCUCGGCCUCAGGGGACUACUCAGCAGACAAGUACUGCUGGCUCAGUGUACACAAUGGAGUCAUAUGGAGUUUUGUUGGCCCAGUCAUCUUUAUCAUUAUGGUAAACAUGAUGGUGCUGACACGUGUGGUUUUCAUCACCAUCUCCACAGCCAAGAGAAGAUCUCUGAUGAUGGCAGACAGCAGUAGUCCCAUCGAACAGGUGUCCGAACAGAUAAGGGCGGGGGUAAAAGCAGUGCUGGUUUUGAUGCCAAUUUUAGGCCUGACCUGGCUGUGUGGAGUUCUCGUGCCUUUCUCCAUCAUCAUAGCCUACAUCUUCAUCCUCCUCAACUCACUGCAGGGUCUCUUUAUCUUCCUGAUAUAUGGCGUGUACAACACGGAGAUACGCAGCACAGUCAACAGGAUCAAGGAACGGAGAAAAGCCAGAAAUUUUUCUAUCUGUGGCAGCUCCAGACUGUCCAGCUCCAUAACUAACUCUCAGCCUGGCAGCUCCCCGGUGCCGGGCACUUUGGGUCGGCAUGACUUUGGUGCCAAUCAGCCAGGAAGCCUCUCCACGUCCAGUGAUUGCGGCAGCCUGAGCUUCAGCACUGGGAGGCAUUUCUCCAUCCCUUGUGUCCAUGACAGCCUGAAAGAAGAUCUCAGCUGUCUCGCUAGUGGCAUUCACAUGACUAGACAGGAUAACAGAGGCCAGUCCACAGAAGGAAAAGCCGAUUCAUGCAGUCUCCAUGUUCCCAUGGGCACAGAGUUGCACUCGUGCUGUGCAUUAAACUCAUCUUCACAGCAGCACAGCAGUUGGUUUUAACUGAAACUUACAUUAUUUAUUCUUCACAUAUAUCUCGAUUAAAGUGUGCAACUUGUUUAUUUAGUUUGUUUUGUUUGAUCAUAUCUAUGAACACUGUCAUUUUAACAGGGGUGUGUAGACUUUUUAUGUCCAUUGUAUUUGUCUUACAAUUGAUAAUAGUUUUUUUUUUUAAUGUAUCUGUGGUUUCCCCUCCAAGUACACCUGCCUUUAAUAAUGCUCUAUAGUUCAUAAUUCAUCAAAUACAAAAAUGACUUUCCUUAUUUGAUUGUUAUUCUCUAUCUUU